CGACUAACGACAAACGCCCUAAAAGUUUACACUGUUCGGUUGCGUUUUUGAAGCGGAAGUAAGCCAACUAGAGUACCGGAGAGCGUGGUUAUAUUUUUACCAAAUAUUUCAAGCAACAAUGCCACAAAAACCUAAACGAAAGCCAAUUCCACCAAACAACAUGUUUGUUGAUGUGAACCCAUCAAACAUAGAAACACACCUUUCACAGUUCAUCAAAUACUACAAAGGCAUCAAUCUUGUAUCAGAAGAUGAAUGGAAGCAUUUUGUUGAAUCUCUGCUCAGUGAAUUGCCGUUGUCGUUCAGACUCAGUGCAAGACAUCGCAGAUGCAAUGAUGUGCAUGACGGAAAGGGCGGAGCUCUGUCUGAGAGUGAUGUACUGACAGAGUUCUUGAAGAAGGAGGUUCUCCCUAAGCUGAAGGACGUAGAACUGGACGAUGGCAACACCUUCCAGAUAUCUGCCUUGCCCUGGUACCCGAAGCAGCAGGCGUGGAAGACCAACAUCUCCGCCAAGGUGCUCUCAUCCAAUGAGAAUCUGAAGCCUCUCAGGAACUUCAUCAUCGGCGAGGAGAAAAACGUGUUCCUGUUCCGUCAAGAGAUCGUGAACAUGAUUCCGCCUCUGCUGGUCGACAUUCAGCCGCAUCACAAGGUUCUGGAGCUUCAGGCUGGGGCGGGAUUCCAGUCCGCUCAGAUCACAGAGCAGAUCUACUCCAACCCAAAGAAAAUGCCAGAGGGUUUCCUAGUGGCCAAUGAGAAGAACUUCACCAAGACCCACUACCGCUGGAACGCGGGCACCAACGUUCUGUUCACCCACCAUGCAGAGGAAUCCUUCCCAGACCUGUAUCUCUCCCAGGAGCAUGAUGCCGACAGCAAGGUUCUCUAUGACAGAGUGUUCUUGGAUGGCACUUCAAGCAAUGAUGGCGCCAUGAGAACCAAUAUGAAAGCCAGGACUAAUUGGAGUAUCGUUCAGGCCCAGAAAAACCAUGUUGAGCUGAAGAAGCGUUUGCGUCGAGGCCUUGAGCUGUUGGAGCUCAACGGACAGCUGGUCUACUUUACCCGCUCCAUGAACCCUCUAGAGAACGAGGCAGUCGUAGCAGCACUGAUAGAUGAGGCACCUGGUUCCCUGCAGUUGCUAGAUGUCAAGAGCCGUCUGCCAGACUUCCAUGUGCGCGCUGGGAUGACAUCGUGGAAGGUGAUGAGCCAGGGCCUUGUGUUCUACGACACGUAUGACAGCGCCCCGGCCUGGUUCCAGAAGGAGAAUGAAAAGAGCCUUUUUCCUCCAACCAACGCCAGCAUGUACAACCUCGAUAGAUGUGUGCGUAUCCUGCCCCAUGACAAUGACACUGGUGCCCUGUUUGUUGCUGUCAUCACCAAGUUUGGAUCUCUGCCCUGGCAGAAAGCAGCUGAAGAUGAAGCUAAAGAGGAGAAAAUGGAGACUGAAGAGAAGGCAGAGGAAAAAAAGGAAGAGGAAGAAGAGAAGAAGCCAACGUUCCAGGGGCCGAUAAGAUGUGACGUGAAUGUGUGUGUGGCUGAGAUAGAGUGGACCACUGAGAUCACAGAUGACAAACAGAACAGCACUGAAACGGUCAACGCCUCCAAAUAUGAGCUGGCACCAAUGCAGAUCUCCAAGUCGUGUAUGCCUCACUGGAUGCAGCAGAAGAUGCAGGAGGAGAAGUUUGGCUACUCUGAGAUCAAAGACGCCAACCCAGACUGGGAGGCCAUCAAGAAACGUUACGACAUCAAGAAGUUUGAUCCUACACCGUAUCUCCUGAAGUUUGAGGAGGAAGGCAAGAGCACUCAGUACUACUUCUGCAGCCAGAACGUGAAGAAUCUCAUCCUUCAUAAUGCCAAGACAUUUAAAUCCUCCAAGAAGUUUGCUGGUGGGAUGCUGUUCAUGAAGUCGUCACCUUCAAGCAAGCCAGAGCUGGUCCACUGGGGAGCUAUCGCCAUUAUGCCUUUCAUGCACAGCUGGCUGAUCCCUGUGCUCAAGGCAGACCUUGUGUUGCUGCUAGAGAGUAAGGAGCUGCUCUUCACCAAGCUCUCUGACAAAACAAAGAAGGCCCUGGAAGCCCUUGGAGCCCAAGAUGGGAUUGUGUAUUUCCACUAUGAGGCCAAGGGCAAAAAUGCAGACCCACAGUGCAAUGUGAUGUUGAGACGUGAGAAGUUGUCUACGUUUGUGAAGCCGUGUUUCAAUUUCUACUUGGAGACAGAGGAGAACCAUCUGAUGAGGCUGUGUGGAAUCACCCCGGGGGAGGAGGAGAGUGAUGAUGAGAUGGAUACCAUGUAGGUGGGCGGUCCAGUAUCGGGCCCCAUGCGUCUGAAGGGCGCCAUCAGCAGGAACUGCAGGAUUUAUCAUUGGAAUAACAAACUCUGUACCUGACCUUCCUGAUACAAAUCUAUGAACAAAUGGAAUAUACAAAA